AGAUUCUGAGCAGACAGUCAGAAAGAAUGUGUGUGCGCAUGAGCAUUUAGGCCUAUAUUAUUUUAUUAUUUUUUUCGAUCUUUGAGUUAGUUAAUUCUAUUCAUUUAAAUAUUUUUAUUUUAUUUUAUUUCAUUUAUUCUAUUUUUUUUAUAUAUAUAUUUUUAGAAAUAGAUUCGGCUCUUCUGAUAUGCGAGCCAGCUUCCAACGUUCACCUUCAAGAGCCGGCUCUUAGAGCCGUUCGUGAAAGACCCAUCACUAUUUGGCACCACCACGCUGUUGCGGACUGUGUGAGGUCUUCGCUCGCAAUUUGGGGAGCUUUUGGGAUAGCCUUUGGAGAACUACUUCUCGAGACAAGAGUGCAACAAUAUUUUACGUAAUUUUCCUUCCAUUCGUUGGUUUUACAGACGUAUUUGAUUUCAAUGGGUAAUGGGCUCAAUAAGGUCCUGCCUGACUUGUACUUGGGAAACUUCAAAGAUGCGAGGGACAGGGAACAGUUAACGAGGAACAACAUCACACACAUCCUCUCCAUCCAUGACAGUGCAGCCCCUAUCCUGCCGGGGAUGACUUAUCUGUGCAUCUCAGCAGCAGACCUGCCCACACAAAACCUGAGAAUGCACUUUAAACAGAGCAUCAUGUUCAUUCACGAGUCACGUCUCAAAGGAGAGGGUUGUCUGGUCCACUGUCUGGCGGGUGUGUCUCGGAGUGUCACCCUGGUGGUGGCCUACAUCAUGACGGUUACAGGGCUGGGCUGGCAGGAGGCUCUGGCUGCUGUGAGGGUGGCUCGGCCCUGCGCUGGGCCCAACCUGGGCUUCCAGCGCCAGCUCCAGGAGUUUGAGACCAAUCACGCUGACCAGGUCAAUACAGAAGGGGAUAGAGGAAGGAUAGAUGGGAAAAUGUCAUUCUUGGAGGAAAAUGGAAGUUCUAUAAAAAGUUACUUAUCAUUAAAAAGGAAUGUGUUAAAGUUCCAAUGCAGCCGUUUUAUCUCAAUAUCAAAUCAUUUCCGGGUAACAAGUCGUUUCCGGGUAACAAGUCGUUUCCGGGUAACAGUUAAGUACCUUACUGUGAUUGUUUUCAAUUAAAAUGGUCAAAAAGGAACAAGAAAAGCAAUUCUACACAUUUUGCUAUCACAUUCAGUCCGGGUGUCCGUUUGUUAAUCUGGCCAUGUUUCGAACACUCUUUCUUAUUUGUCUAUUAACUCAUUUACCGACUGAUGUCAUCAAAACUCCAUCCCACCAAAAUAGGCUGAUAAUUCAGGUGGUCUUUUCAAGCAGCUCUUACACUAAAAGGGCAUUAUCAUAAUUUUCACAAUUUCACAGUAUUAUUCCAGCCUCAUAAUGUAAAAUAAAAAACACAGGAACAUUCCCAUUUUUGACUGCACUGGGCCUUUAAGCAUUAAAGCCUUCAGAGCGAGGAGUCAGACUAUGCUGUAGUUACUUUAGAAAGAGAAUACACCUGCCUCAAUAGACAAUAAUAUUGACAUACUGUAUUUUGUUGUAUGUCUCUGCAGUACAGGGAGUGGCUUUGGCAAUUAUACAAAGAGAGGCCCUUCAACGACGAGGAUGACAUUCGCAUCCUGUUGGCCAAGAGUUUCAAAUCCAAUGGGGUGGGGGUGGAGGUGAAUGUUGAGCCGUCCACCCCUCCAGGAUUGCAGGGUACCUGAGAUCCCUUAUCCAGGUCUGAAGGCUUACACUGUGGGAUGAUACCACUCUGGCUCCUAGAGGGUGGGUGGGGGGUUCUUUCUCUGUCGGUACGCUGUUAGACCAGUCUCUCUCUCUCUCUCUGUUGUUGUUCCUCUACUGGAGAAGACUGGGGGAGGAUGGAUUGAUGGAUGCACCAUUUUGAGAAUGUUUAUUGAUGUUUUAUUAUGGCUAAUACCACUGGUUUUAUUACCCCUAAUUUAUGCACAGUGUUUAGUUAUAUAUGGCACUUUCAGCAUUUGUACUUGUUUUUCUAAACCUCGAAAAUGUAUGAUAUUGUUGUCAUGUCAUUUGUUCCUACUUGAAGCCACGUCAGCUUUUUGUGCAUUAAUAAAAGGAUUAAAGAUGAAAUUA